CUGAUUCUCCAAAAGGAAGUAACUACGGUAGAGCUUCGUGUUCAAAAUACUGUCAACGGAUCAACAACAAAAACAAGCAGCGCGAUCUGCUGACCUUUGUCAUUGUAUUUUGGAGUCAGGGGCUGUGGGACACCCCCAGCCCUGACCCACAAGGCCGCAGGUUAGGAGAUCCAUUCCUGGAUGCUGUACAUCCAUAGCCAUCGGGGGACUAGGAUCAAAACCCGACAGGAGACCCAACAUCAAUGUGCUCCUAGUUGCCUUCCAGAUCAAAACUGAAGGUGUGAGAGUGUGAGGAGAGGUGAGAUGGAGUCAGAGGAGACAGAAGGACGCACUUUAGUGCAGGUGAUCAGUGAGAAGUACAGCCCGGAAAACUUCCCAUACUGCCGUGGGCCAGGAGUUGGAGUGGUGAUCCGGUCGAGUCCCCAGGGUUCACCUGUCAAAGAUCGUCUGAAUCUGCCCAGAAUCCUGGUUCUGGAUAGUUGUGGAAUCACAGAGGCAGGAGAUGAAGAGGAGGUGGCCACUUUCUGUGCUCACGUGGUUGAGUUAGACCUCUCUCACAACCAGUUAAAAGACUGGGGAGAGAUAAGUAAGAUCCUGUCUAACAUCCCUAACCUAGACUUUCUCAAUCUGAGUAUGAAUCCACUGAGAGGGUCGAGCCUUGAGCCUGGAGCUGCUGAAGCGUUCUCAGGCCUCCGCCGCCUUGUGCUCAAUAACACGCAUGUCACCUGGGACAUGGUGCACACACUUACACGAGAGAUCCUAGAGCUGGAGGAAUUGUUUUUGUGUCUGAACGAGUAUGAGAGCGUGAGUGUAUCAUCUAUACCGUGCCCGUCCCUGCGCCUGCUGCAUAUCACAGAUAACCAGCUGCAGAAUUGGGCGGAGGUUCGUAAGUUGGGCCUUAUAUAUCCAGGCCUGGUGUCUCUUAUUCUGGCAAACAACUCCCUCUCAUCUAUCCACGAGCCGGAGGACUCUCUACUGAGACUCUUCCCCAACCUGCGCAGCAUCAACCUACACAACUCAGGUCUAUGUUGCUGGGAGGACAUUGAGAAACUGAAUUUCUUCCCAAAGCUUCAAGAGGUCAGAGUGAUGGGUAUUCCUUUACUGCAGCCCUACACCGAUCAGGAGAGACGUUAUCUUAUGGUAGCACAGUUGCCUCAUGUGACUGUAUUGAACGGCAGUGUUGUCUCUAAUGGAGAAAGAGAGGAUGCAGAACGCUUUUUCAUCCGCUACCACCUGGACUGCCCUGAGGAUGAGCUACCCCAGAGGUUACAUCCUCUUACAGUCAUUCUACAGACAUUAAAGGUACCACACUUUGGUAGCACGCUAUGGCCGCCUAGCCCCACUUGCAGAGGUGGAUUUGCGCCCUCUCUGUCAUGUCCAGGUAGAGGUGCGUUUUGGGGACCAGACAGAGCCCCUAGAGCUCAGAUUGGAUCAGACAGUGGCAGACCUAAAGAAGCACUUGAGAGCCAUGGUCCAGCUACCCCCAAAAAAGAUACGUGUGUACUAUAUCGACCGGCAGCUUGGCUACCCACUAGAGCCUCAGGAAAUGAAAUAUGGAGCACGAGCACUUCAUUCCUACAGUAUACGAGAUGGAGAUGAAAUCUUGGUGGUGUCCAAGACACAGUGACAGAAAAGAGAGCAACAACUGAGCACUCUUUGGAAAAAUUACUGGUUGAGUUGUUUCCAGAAUUAUUGGAAUACCUUACCUUAACAAUCUUCCAAUACAGGCAAUGUGAAUGCUGUGAACAGUGCACAGAUCAGCAUGCUUUAUGUUGAGGACAGAGAAAAACUGCCACUCUGGUUGUCCAGAAUCUUCAGUUCUAUUUAAAAAUGAUCCCUAAAAACAGAUGUUGGAUCAGAAUUUAAAAAACCCUUUUAACUUUCACUGCUCUGUGGAUGUAUGUAUACAAGAAAAAAUGUGUGUACGUAAUAAUUUUUCUUGUUGUGUGUUUAUGAGACUGCUUCUCAGGAAUUACCCACAACUGCAUACAUGCCUCUACUCUAAAGAAUAUUUUAGCAUUUAUCAAAGGUGCAGUAUGGAAUAUUUGGCCCCCUAGUAGCUGAGGUGUAAAAUUCCAAGUUACUCGCGGAGGGACAUUAUUCUAGUAAUUAUGUGAUUUGGGCUUCGACUUAGCUCUUCAGCAUGGCUGAAUAUGAUAGUUUGAGGCAUACCGGUGUAACCAUGGUUACGGGCAAUCCUUUUGUAAUAAUAAUAAU